AUGGAUAGAGACACGAAGUUGCUAGCGCGGCUGCGGGGCAGUCAUAGCAGGAACGUCAAGAGGAGCAAAUCCAUCUCGUUUGCUGAUGUGGAUGCGGAUUUGGAUGAGAAUGCAAAUGUGGAUGUGGAUGUGGAUGUGGAUGCGGAUGAGAAUGCAAAUGUGGAUGUGAAUGCAGAUGUGGAGCCUGUGUUUGAUAAUGAAUAUGAAGCGACACCAGAUAUACUAGACGUACCAGUACCAGAUACUACACCUCACACACAAGGAUCAGAAACUGGCAAUAUAAGCACGCCUGAUGUGCCCAGGUACACGGGUGUCGAUGCACACAUACAAUCGAGUGCAUACGACUUCGAGGACAUACCGGUGUCGAGGCUGUACUCCUCGAUCACCUCGGUCACCACUAUACAUGUGCUGCAGGCGAUAUUCACAAACCUGUUGCAGAACGACCUGAUACCACAGGCGUUGACCGCCUUUAACGGUACCACUAACGUGCCGAGACUGUCCCAAUUGAAGAAGAUGUCCCACAAGCUGGACAUGCGGAUAUUUCAAGUGCUCGCAGAACAACUGACCGCGGACCUGGAUGACCUCCUGGACAUCAAUAAAGCCAACAACGAGCUCUGCUACCAGUUGAAGGAACUAACCGCAAACUCGCAGCUGCUGAACAAAGAACUCAUCGCGGUGCGGAAAGAACACCAAACUAUUAAAUACGGGGGCAAGAAACACAAAUUGGAGAACGAUAGAGCAAACAUUAACUCAAAGAUUCAGCUGAAUGCACAAUUGGUGGAACUUACAGAGGCUUUACUCAACGAUAACGAAGACGAUCAAGCUGAUGCACCACUGACUAUUAACAGCCUGAACUUGAGACAUACUUGUGAGUUGCUCGACCCACACAAUGGAUUGGUAAAGAGACUACAGUCAAAGAUAAACGAAAUUAAGUCCCUGCAAGAAGAUUCAACUUGA